AUGGCUGUGAAAGUGAGGCUUUCAGUAGCAGUUCUAGUAUUCUCUCUCUUAGCUUUGUGCGUUGGAAUAGCUAUAGCCAAAAAGGACCCGGAGCUAAAGGUUUGCAAGCACCAUUGUAAAGGGCAACUACAAUAUGAUGAGAGAGAGGUUGAGAAGUGUCUGAGAGACUGUGUGGAGUACAUCAGACAGAAGAAAGAGCAAGAGGGUGAAACAAGAGGGAUAGAAGAAGAAGAUGAUGAUGAUGAUGAAUGGAGUAGCUUCAGGGUUGAUCCUGCAAAAAAGAAGCUGGGGCAGUGCCUAAAGCAAUGCGAGAGGCAGGAAAGAGGAGAGCAGAAAGCCUUGUGUCACAUAAGGUGCCAAGAGAAGUAUGAGAGAGAGCCAGGAAGAGCAGAAGAGAGAAACUUCGAAGAAGAAGAAGGAGAAGAAGAAGAAGGGAAUCCCUAUGUGUUCGACGAUAGGCAUUUCCAAUCAAAAGUUGAUACUGAACAUGGAAGAGUUCGUGUUCUUCAAAAAUUCACCAAGAAAUCAAAUCUUCUCCGAGGACUAGAGAAUAUCCGGCUUGCAAUUCUUGAAGCUAAUCCUCAAACAUUUAUAACUCCAACCCACUUGGAUGCUGGUUUUGUUCUCUUUGUUGCUAAGGGAAGGGGGGCCAUAACUCUAAUCCGUGAGGAAAAGAAACAGACCUUUAACCUUAAAUGUGGAGAUCUCUUCAGGGUUCCUGCAGGAACUACUUUUUAUAUGGUUAAUAAAGAUGAAAACGAGAAACUUUAUAUUGCUAAGAUCCUUUGGCCGAUUGAUAUUCCUGGCAAUUACAAGAUAUUCCAUGCAGCAGGUGGUGAAGAUGCAGAGUCCUUCUUAAGGGCAUUUAGCUGGGAGUUGCUCGAGGCUGCUCUUAAGACUGAUAGAGGAAGGUUGGAGAGAAUCUUCAAGCAACAGCAAGGAGAAAUUGUCAGAGCCUCCAAGGAACAGAUCCAGGCCUUGAGCCACGGUGAGGAAAGUGGCCAUGGCGGUGGUGGCAUUUGGCCUUUCCCAACUGGCGGAUCAAGCGGCCCAUUCAACCUUUUUGACGAGGGUCCGAUCAAAUCUAAUAACCAUGGCCAGCUCUUUGCAGCCAAUCCUAAAAAUAACGAGCAGCUGAAAGACCUUGACUUUAUAGGAUCUAUGGCCGGACCCUUCUACAACUCAAAGGCAACCAAGAUAUGCAUUGUUUUGGAUGGUGAGGGAUACUUUGAGAUGGCAUGUCCUCGCGUCUCUUCUGGCUCAAGCAGGGGAUACAUGAACAGCGAAGGCUCAAAGAGAGGAAAGGGCAGCCAAACUUACCAGAGGAUAAGCUCGCGCUUCAGCCCUGGCACUGUCUUCAUCGUCCUUACCGGCCAUCCAGUGGCCAUUGUGGCUUCCGAAAAUAGCAAUUUGGAAGUACUUUGCUUCGAAGUCUUUGCAAAAGGAAACAUAAGAUACCCUCUUGCAGGGAAAUGGAACGUUAUAGGCGAGAUGGACAGGGAAGCGAAAGAAUUGUCCUUUGGUAUGCCAGCAAGAGAAGUGGAAGAAAUUUUCGGAAGACAACCAGAAGAGUUCUUCUUCCCAGGGCCGAGAAGGCAAGAGAGACAAGGCCACGCAUACGCAUGA